GGACUCGGCCGGGGGGCUGGCCUCGGCUACCCGGAAGCCAAGGCAGGAGCCGGGUGCCGGGGCUGAGGCGCGGGCCCCUGGCGCCGGUGCCGUCAGAGCCCGCCGCUUCCUGCUCUGCCUUUACCUGGUGGGCUUCUUGUUCUCAUCUGGGCUUCCGGGUUUCAACCUGUUUAAGAAGGAAGACCAAGAAGGCCCUCUGGACCCUUUUCGGUUACCAUUCUAAGAUGGUGCUAACAUCUGUGAUUUCAGUCCCUCUCCUCCAGAUACACGGAUUUGUUUGGUGUAAGCAUGGUCGUGCCUUUAUUGAGCCUUCAUGUCAAGUCUCUUGGAGCAAGUCCAACAGUUGCUGGAAUAGUAGGCUCCUCCUAUGGCAUUUUGCAGCUCUUUUCUAGCACAUUGGUGGGCUGCUGGAGUGAUGUGGUUGGAAGACGGUCUUCCUUGCUGGUGUGCAUUCUGUUCAGUGCCCUGGGUUAUCUGAUUCUUGGAGCAUCCACCAAUGUGUUCCUGUUUGUCCUUGCUAGAGUCCCUGUGGGUAUUUUUAAACACACACUCUCCAUUUCAAGAGCUCUGCUCUCUGAUCUGGUUGCAGAGAAGGAACGACCCCUAGUAAUUGGACAGUUCAAUGCAGCCUCUGGUGUGGGCUUCAUCUUGGGCCCCAUGGUUGGUGGAUAUCUUACUGAGUUAGAUGGUGGAUUUUAUCUAACAGCCUUCAUCUGUUUUUCUGUCUUCAUUCUCAAUGCUGGCCUGGUUUGGCUGUUUCCAUGGCGGGACGCCGAGCUCACCAGUACAGAAAAAGGCCUGCCAGUGGGUAAGAACCCCGCACUUUGGGGGAAGACAGACUGCGAAGUACAGGAAGCGGCCGCCCCCUGCCAGAGCAGGACCAGUGGGAAGCCUGCCAGGCCGCCCUGGGUGGAGGUCGCUUCCACCCUGCGGGACAUGAAGAGCCUGAUAUUUUCCGAAAUGUGGGACAUCUUUAUGGUGCGCUUGCUGAUGGCCGUGGCGGCCAUGCUCUACUACAGUAACUUCGUGGUGGGCCUGCAGGAGCGCUUCGGGGUGCGGCCGCGGGCGGCCGGCUACCUCAUCAGCUACAGCAGCGCCCUGGGCGCCCUGGCCGGCCUGGCGCUGGGGCCCAUCCUGCGGCUCUACCGGCACGACGGCCACGCGGUCCUGCUGCACUCGAGCGCGCUCACCAGCGUGCUGCUGCUGCUGCAUGCCGCCACCCACACGGUGGCCGUGGCCGUGCUCUGCGCCUCGCUGCUGGCCGUCUCCACCGCCGUGGGCAGGACCUGCAUCACCGACCUGCAGCUGGCUGCGGGAGGGGCGCAGGCCAGCGGCACCGUCAUCGGUGUGGGGCAGUCGGUCACGGCCGUGGGCCGGAUCGUCGCCCCCCUCCUUUCGGGGGUCGCGCAGGAGGUCAGCCCCUGCGGGCCCCCCAGCCUGGGGGCUGUCCUGGCCCUCGUGGCGAUUUUCAUAAUGUCAGUGAACAGACCCCGCUAUGGGCUUGGGGGCAGAGACAAAUUAAAAAGCGAGUAGAAUGGAAGUGGACGGGCAAGAACCCAACUCCGAGGCUGUGAAGGAGGGAUGGUUCCCCAGCGGGUGUCCCGCGUCGAUAGACGUCCAGGUCCAUCCUGCUGGAUGAUCAGAAGUCAUCUUUGUCAAAGGGGAAGGUAUUAAAUGUUCUGUAAAAGUCUCCUCUUCGCACCCAACCAGCGGGGUUAAAAUUUUCCAGGGAAAGCACCACCAGCUUUGGGAGAGGGGGAUGGUGGUAGGUUAACAGAAGGUGAUAUGCUCCCCUGCUAAGUAAAAAUUAGGGUAUCACGUUAAUAAAGUGAUCCACUGGGACACAGGUGUCAUUUCAAAAUGCGUAAACUAAGAGGGGGCCUUUCUGCUAUGAGAAUCCUAGAGAUGGAAGAAGCUGCUUUACUGAAACUCGCCUGUCACUUUCUCAAGUCAUAACGAGGUUAUGAGUUCUAGUUCCCCCUGGGAAACCGGGAAAAUCAGAUAGCUGGCCCCAGAGACUGAUUCGGGGGGCCUCAGGAAGGCCCAGAAACCUGUAUUUUAUCAGCACCACUUGCACUUUCUCAUGGAGGCAGAAAAAGGAUCAUUCAGAGACCAUACUGGUUUUGAGUCAAGUCAAAAGCCAGAAACUUGGUUGUGUUUAUGAAUAGCUAACCCAGUUCGAACUAUUAAAAUUAAAUGAUCACAGUGUGUGACAUUUCCCCGAGCUCUUGGCAGUCAUGCUCCAUAAUAGGAGAAACAGGUUCCUGGGCCCCGUCCCCUGUGUCCACUGCCUCUGAAGCCCCAUGCUCUGCACAGAGCUGGUUGUUGUUAGUCUGGGCAGUUCUCCCUAGAUUAUUGGGCAUGAACUGCUCCCAGAAGCCAGUGGUCCAGCAGGUGCAUCAGUUGGAUGCACCAACCAUCAGUUGGAUGGUGGUAGAGCGCAGUGGAGAAGCCAAAGCACAGGAAUGCCUUUAAGAUGACAUCUCAUGCAGUGUAAGAGUCAGGUGUCAUGCCUCAUCAGAGGGAUCUUAGUUCUACAGCAUCCUAUGUUAAAAGUCAUUUCCUUUAUCUCUUUUUAGUAUCACAACUGGGAACAAAAGAGCUGUGCUGAUCUACAGGGAAAUGUUUUGGUGUGCCUUUUCCUAGGCCCAAACUGCCAUUCCAAAAGUAGGUCCCCAGGGUCCAGCCAAGAGGCCGAGAGGUUGGCACAAACUCACAAGAGCAUCUGUGAGGCUCUUGCUAUUUGGAUGAUGUCAGCCAUUAAUAAAAAUUACUUUGGAGCCCCUUCUAUUUUCCUCACCCAAACUACCACAGUUCAUAUUCCCUUCAUUCUUUUUAAGUGGUCCACUAGGAACUUAUUCCUGUUCUCAGCCUAACACAUGUAUAAUUGUAAAUGAUACUUUAAUACACUAACCAGUUGUAACGUUAAUACUAGUAUGUAAAGCAGAAAAAAAAAAUGUUUCUCUAUUUUUAGAAGUUGUGUGUGGGGUAAACUCAUACCUUUAUGAGAAAGAAUUAAUUGGAUGUUUGAAGAUUGUCCUUUCUCCUAUCUGGCUGCAAAGAAAAUAUUAACUUUUUAUUAAGUGUUAUAAUUGUGAACUUUUAUACAAGCGCUAAGUGCUUUUGGUGAAACCAAAAUAUGAUGUAAAAUGGUGUUGGCCCUUAAGGAGCACACCAAAUCAUCAUAGAAGUUAGACUCAAAAGACAAGAAGUAAUCAUGGGUUUAUGCAAUGAAGUAGAAUUUCUCCGAAGAUUAUCCUUUCUGUGCACUCAGAAAUAGACAAGUUUCUUAGGCACUCUUUAAUAUAGUCAUUAUUAAAUGUUUGAAAUCAUAGGACUUUAAUUUUGAAGUUAAAUAAAGCCUACAAAUUUAUUAAGGCUUUACAAUUAACCAGAUCUCUGGAAAUCCCGAAAACCAGGGUUGAUCUUAGUACAGAAGAGUAGAGAAACAUUUUCGUUAUUCUCCACACUUAUGUUUUUUUUGAGAAAUAUUAUGCAGGCAUACUUUGUCUUAUUGCACUUCAUUUUAUUGUGCAUCACAGAUACUGUGUUUUUUACAAACCGAAAGCUUGUGGCAACCCUGCAUCAAGCAAGUCUGUUUGCGCCAUUUUUUCCAAUAGCAUUUGCUUGCUUUGUGUCUCUGUGUCAUGUUUUGGUCAUUCUCACAAUAUUUCCAGUUUUUUCACUGUAUUUGGUCUGGUGAUAUGUGAUCAGUGAUCUUAGGUUUUCCUCUCAUAACUGUUUUGGGGUGCCAUGAACUACACCCAUAUAAGAUGGUGAAUUUAAUCAAUACUUGUUACGUGUUCCAACUGCUUUACCAAUUGGCUGGUCACCUGUCUCUCGCCCUCUCCUCGGGCCUCCCUAUUUCUUGAGACCCAACAGUACUGAAAUCGGUCCAGUUAACAACCCUACCGUGGCCCGUAAGUGUUCAAGGCAAAGGAAGAAUCAAUCGAUGUGGCAAACUUCCUUGCUGUCUUACAUUAAGAAAUUGCCACAGCCACCCCAGCCUUCAGCAACCACCACCCUGAUCAACAUUGAGAAAAGAUCCUCCAACCAGCAAAAAGAUUACCACUCACGGAAAGCUCAGAGGGUGGUUGGCAUUUUUUAGCAAGAAAGUAUUCUUUACUAAGGUAUGGACAUUGUUUUUUUAGACAUAAUGCUACUGUAAAGUUAAUAGACUACACUAUAGUAUAAACAUAAGUUUUAUACAUAAGAAACCAAAAAAUGCAUUUUACUCGAUUUAUUGCAAUAUCCACUGUAUUGCGAUGGUCUGGGCCAAACCCACAGUACCACUGAUAUAUGCCUGGAGUUCCUCUUACGUGGUCCAAUGUAUUGCUCUUCAAAAGUAUGUUCCAGGAACCAGCAACGUCCACAUCCCCUGGAGUUUGUUAGAUGUGUAAACUCGUGCCCCACCACAGAGCUGCUGGGAACCACUCUCACAAGAUACCCAGCUGCUUUGUAUGUACAGUAAAUUUUUAAAACCACUGGUCUAAUGGACAGUAUUUGUAUGACUUAUGGAAUAUGAUCUCAGGGAAAUUAAAUCUGCUCAAUUAAAGUUUGUGUUAAA